AUGGAGGUGGCUCGCCAGGACGCGCCGGCGCCCUCCGAGCCUCGGGGGCUGCGCUGGCUGCUGACGCUAAACUUCCGAAAGGAGCUGCGGGGGCUGCUGUGGCUGGCCGGCCCGGUGUUUUUGGCUCAGCUGAUGAUGUUUCUAAUCAGUUUCAUAAGUUCUGUGUUCUGUGGCCACUUGGGAAAGCUGGAACUGGAUGCCGUCACCCUUGCGAUUGCCGUUAUAAACGUCACUGGCAUUUCAGUUGGAUUUGGCUUGGCUUCAGCCUGUGAUACGCUCAUCUCCCAGACGUACGGCAGCCGCAACCUGAAGUACGUGGGGGUCAUCGUACAGCGAGGCAUACUCAUGCUACUUUUGUGCUGUUUCCCCUGCUGGGCCGUCUUCAUUAACACCGAGCAGAUCCUGCUCCUCUUCAGGCAGGAUCCGGAUGUGUCCAGGCUUACGCAGACCUACGUCUUGAUCUUCAUUCCUGCUCUUCCUGCAGCCUUUCUUUACAUAUUGCAGGUUAAAUAUUUGCAGAACCAGGGAAUAAUACUUCCCCAGAUUGUUACGGGAGUGGUGGCCAACAUCCUCAAUGCCCUCAUUAACUACGUGCUUCUCCAUCAACUGAGCCUGGGUGUGAUGGGAUCAGCACUGGCAAAUACCAUUUCCCAAUUCACCCUGACCCUCCUUCUCUUUUUGUACAUUCUCUGGAGAAAGCUGUACCGUGACACCUGGGAAGGGUGGUCCCUCGAGUGCCUUAACGAGUGGGACUCCUUCCUUCACCUGGCCAUUCCAAGCAUGCUCAUGCUUUGCAUUGAGUGGUGGGCAUAUGAGAUCGGGAGCUUCCUCAGUGGUACCAUCAGCAUGGUGGAGCUGGGAGCCCAGUCUGUUGUCUAUGAGCUGGCUACAAUAGUGUACAUGAUCCCCACAGGAUUCAGCGUGGCCGCCAGUGUUCAUGUUGGAAACUCCCUGGGAGCAGGGGAUAUUGAGCAGGCCAAGAUAUCCUCGGCUAUUUCUCUGCUGACCACAGAAAUGUUUGCCGUCACCUUGUGCAUCGUACUUGCGAGCUGCAAAGACGUUGUUGGGUACAUUUUCACCAGUGACAGAGAGAUCAUCUCCCUGGUCUCCAAGGUCAUUCCCAUCUAUGCCUCCUCCCACCUCUUUGACGGCUUUGCUUGUACCUGCGGUGGGAUUCUAAGAGGAUCGGGAAAUCAGAAGAUUGGGGCCAUCUUGAAUGCCAUUGGCUUUUAUGUUAUUGGUCUCCCCAUUGGAAUCUCACUGAUGUUUGCGGCCAACCUUGGGGUGAUAGGCCUGUGGUCGGGCAUCAUCAUCUGCUCCAUCUUGCAAGCCGUCUGCUUUCUGGGCUUCAUCUUACGCUUGAACUGGGGAAAGGCCAGUGAAGAGGCUCGAGUGCGUGCCAAGUUGAAGGGUCAAGCGACCAGGACCCGGAACCAGCAGGAUCAGGUCAUCUAUCAGGGCCCAAUCCUAUCAGUGGACUCAGAGCAUCAGGCUGGUGUUUUACUGGGAGAUGCAGGCGAUGUCGUGGACAAAGGGGAGAGCCAGGCAGAACAGCCAGUGAAGCCGGAGGAGCCCCUUUCCCAGCCCCAUUCGAAAAACCGCGCCUUAUCUUUGAAAGACUUGGUCCUCCGCAGGGUGCUGGCCCUCCUCGCAGCCGUUUUAAUCUUGGUGAUGGGCAUUUUGGUCCGGCUCUACACAGGAACAUAGCCACGAGUCAAGGGACUGAUGGAAAAUGACUCCCAUUUCUCAUAUGAGCCAAUGAAGGAAUCAUCGGUAAAUCUCCUUCCCCCUUCCCCCAAAGGUGGUAGUAAUCAGCCGCCAGCUAAAAGGACAGGCUUCAUGGGCAGCAGAAAGAACGCUGCGUCUGGAGUCAAGAGGACCCGAGUUUGAAUCCCUGGCUCUGCCACUCACUACUACUGCUGUCUGUGGAACAUUGAACAAAUUGUGUUGCCUCUCUCAGGAGACCUCUGUGGGUCUCAGUUUCCUCAUCUGUAAAAUGGAGAGGCCGGCCUCAGAGGUCCCUUCCGGUUCCAGAUCUGACUCUGCUGUAUCUGUGGAUGUCCUUUGAGAAUUGACAGGGCAAGUACCUAUUGCCUGCCUGAAGAAUAGGAGCUGAGCUGGACCGGGACCCUGGUCCCACCCCUUUCUCUGAAAGGCUCUCCUGUCAACUUAUCCGUCAAUGACUUGGAGAAGAACCUCGGUUACUGUUUGUGUAGCAUACUCUGCUAAUAUGGUGGCUUGCUGUUUUUGUUUUUCUGGAAAGCAUAAACCCAUGCACUUUGAAGGGCUUAUGGAAAUCUUAAAAAUCAGUUUUCAAAACCCUUCUCUCUCAAUAAAUCUUUCUUCUCCCUU